UGUAGUACGCGUGCCACCCUACAGGACCGUGGCAGUCGCCUUUUCUCUUCCUUUCAAGACGGAAUUCACGGAAUUGACAUUUCUCUUGAUUUCUCUUUGUUUAUGUUUUGUGUGGCGGACGUGUGAAAAUGACGAGCAAACCAGCACCCAAGACGAAGGAAGGUGCUCCCGAGGAAGCAUCUUUAAAAAAACGACCCUUUAAGAGACACGGACGUUUAUAUGCAAAGGCGAUUUUCACUGGUUACAAACGUGGAUUGCGUAAUCAGCAUGAGCAUACUGCCUUGCUCAAGAUUGAAGGAGCUGGCACAAAAAAAGACUCAGAUUUCUACGUAGGAAAACGUUGCGUCUAUGUAUAUAAAGCUAAAAACAAGACACCAGUGCCUGGAAAGACUACAAAGAAGACAAAGGUUAGAGCCAUCUGGGGCAAAGUCACUCGUCCGCAUGGUGCGAGUGGAUCGGUGCGUGCUAAAUUCAAGAGAAAUCUGCCAGCGAAAGCAAUGGGACAUCGCAUCAGGAUUAUGCUGUAUCCCAGUCGAAUAUAAAUUCUCUUGUAUAAUGUAAGCAAAUAAAUAAAUUUUGGUAUUAAAAA